GUACUGCCAGUUGGCCCCUAGGUGGCAGUGACGUAUCAGACAGCCUCAUUUUAGACUGCACGAAGAAAAGUCACUGGUUUGUUUACACUUGUUGCAAUGGCGAACAUCACCGAACUGAAAUGUGCGGUCCGAGAAACCCUGGAGUCCCGCGGGGUGCUGGGCCAGCUGAAAGCUCGCAUCCAGGCAGAGGUGUUCGGUGCCCUGGAUGACCAGCGAGAGCAGCGUCCGCCGUUGUCCCACGAAAACCUGCUCAUCAACGAGCUUAUCCGGGAAUACCUGGAGUUCAACAAGUACCGAUACACGGCAUCGGUACUGACAUCCGAGUCAGGCCAACCCCAAGUUCCACUGGAUAGACAGUUUCUGGCGAGCGAGUUGGGAGUCGCAGAGGAUAUGAGCUCCAAGUCUGUACCGCUCCUGUACGGUUUGGUGUCACACUUCCGGAAUAGUGGCGAUGACAGGAGGAAGGUGUUCCUAAGGGGCACCGCUCCCCCCGGUCCUGUCAGCAAGACAGGACAUAAAGCCGACAGCUAGGACAUGCUACUGCGUUGAGGUAAUGAUGCGCUGUGGACCACAAAUGUGCUGAUGGAUGAAAAACACAAACUCAAUGACACCUCUUUUAGGAGUUUUUUUGUUUGGAUAUCCUGGUCAUACAAAAUUGAUGUAUCUGUUUUUUAUUCCAAAGUUUUAAAUUAUUAGCAUUUUAUGUUGUUGUUUUUAACACUUAUGUUGAUGUUUUCUUGUUAUAUUAGUUCAGAUAUUUAAAUAAAUAUUUUCU